UGUGGCAGAUUCUCUCUCAAGGAGGCUACAGGUAGGGUCAGGAAGAAGAAACCUAUACAAACGUUCGCCCUCCGGUUUACAAACAGCGCAAUUUGA